UACAGUUGUCCUCACGAUCGUUCAGAAGAAAGGUAAAUUAAAAUACAAAAUGGCAUUAACAGAUGUCAUUGAUGGGCGGAAGAUAAUGGCCCGUCAUCUGACCGCGAUGCCAGUCCGCGCAGGCGCAAUGCAGAGAAAGCCCAUUGUGGCGGCCAUAGACUUUGGCACCACAUACUCGGGAUACGCCUUCCAGACCAGGGCAACCUUUGAAGAAAAUCCGAUGAAGAUUGACGCCGCAAAUUGGGCGAGGACUGGUUCGAACAUUGGAAUAUCACUCAAGACGACUUCGUCAAUACUGUUUGAUAAAAACCAACAAUUUCAUUCGUUUGGCCACGAAGCAGAUCAACAAUAUAAUAAUCUCGCUGCGGAGGGACAACACUGGGACUGGUUUUUCUUUAAAAGAUUCAAAAUGGCACUUUACAAGUCUGAGAAUCUUACUCGCGAGAUGAAGUUAAAGUCAGAGACUACUGGUAAAGAGAUGCCAGCAAUUGUGGUUAUUCAAGAAAGCAUAAGAUACCUGAAGAACCACUUAGUAAAUGUGAUAAAAUCCAAGAAUGCCAUGUUGAAAGAGUCUGAAAUUCACUGGGUCUUGACAGUCCCAGCAAUAUGGGGUGACAGCGCCAAACAAUUCAUGAGGGAAGCGGCUAUCAAUGCAGAAAUUCACACGGAUAACUUGUUACUAUGUCUAGAGCCAGAAGCCGCUUCGCUGUUUUGCCGGUACUUACCGUUUGCCAGGGAAACAAACGAGAAGAGUGCAAGUCUUGUUACAGUGGGAGUCGGCGACCGAUACAUGAUUCUUGACGUCGGGGGUGGAACCGUAGACAUUACAAUCCAUGAAGUACAGAGAAAUGAGGAGACUGAAGAUAUAACAUUAAGAGAAAUGUUCAAAGCCAACGGUGGAGAUUGGGGAGGGCUUAAAGUUGAUGAAGCUUUCACAGACCUCCUUCAGGACAUCAUUGGGCCUGAUGUGAUGGAAGUUCUUCAAACCCGAUACAGAGAAGAUUUUAUGGAUUUCAUGGAAAUCUUUGAAAUUAAAAAGCGUAAGGUGGCCCCAGAUAUGGACUCACGGGAAAUAAUGACCGUUCCACUUUCAUUCGUCCAGACAUACAAAGAACUGAAUAAUGUCGAGCUCGAAAAUGAAAGACGCAUUAGGAGAAAGUACAACGGAAAGAUAACCUUCUCCAAAAACAAAAUGCGAUUUGAUCCAGAAAUUUUAAAAGGUCUUUUUACCGAGACAGUCGAUCAAAUUUGUGCUUUAGCAAGAGAGUAUUUUGACCAGAUACGGGAAUACAACAUUGGAACGAUUCUGAUGGUUGGUGGAUUCAGCGAAUCAAGGAUGUUACAGGACAAGGUCCGUUCGACAUUCCCCUCUAAGCGCCUGAUCAUCCCAGAAGAAGCAGGCUUGUGCGUUCUGAAAGGCGCAGUGUUGUAUGGCCAUAACCCGUCCAUGAUCACAGCUCGAGUGAGCAAGUUCACUUACGGAAUAGGAGCCUACAAGCAGUUCGAGCCUGCGUUAGAUCCACCAGAAAAGCGGGCUAUCCGUGGCAAAAUUGUGCUCUGUAAAGAUUCCUUCAGCGUCCAUGCUAGAGCCGGGCAAGAGUUCCAGGUCGAUGAGAUGGUCGGCGAAAACGAGUACGUCGCAGAUGGAAAAGAUGCAACUGAACUUCAGAUCGAUGUAUACACUACGCCACACCGUCACCCAAGGUAUAUCGACGACGAAGACAGCAGGAAAAUCGGAGAAAUGCGAGUUCCCGUGAGUCGUUAGGUCAGUAAAAGUCCAGUUUGUGUUUGGAGACACGGAAUUGAAAGUGGUAGCCUGGGAUAAAGACAACGGGCAAAAGAUAAAAGAUGCUCGUUUUGAAUUUUUGAAGUAAUCUACAAAAACACCUAAAUCUGUUUUAUAGACAUUUCAUAAUUUUAAUAACAUUUUUGCUUUAAAUUCAUUUGUAUUCCAAAAUAUCUAAAAUCAUCAUAUUAAAUGUCUUUCUUCAUUAAUCAAAGAAUUGAAGUAAACUACUACAUUGUGAACACACACAGAAUCUAAGAAGAUUUCCACUGAAGUUUAUAUUUAACAUUCAAGAUGAAUUGUGAUAUAUGCUCAAAAUAAUUGAACUACUUUUUAGCACAGUUUUACCAAUAUUAUUCUAUUGUAUCUGCAAAAGUGAUAACUAUAUUGUCUAACAAAUGGUUGAAAAAUGUUGCACUAACAAUUUGCUGCAAAUGAACAUUAUUUAUUCAAAACGAAGCUGCCUUUCAUAUUUAAGAUGAGCCAAACCAACCAAUGUGGUCAACGAACUGUCUCACUCAAUUCAAUGACUGCUUUGUUAAUACCACAGACCUUUUGCUUCCAAAUUAUGUUACAUUAUACCCCCACCACUGGGGCACAUAUACUAGGACUUAUCUACUUUUCUCAAACUUAAUACACAUAUUGACUGUGUUGAGAAGAAGUGCUGUGCAAAACAAAACAUUAUUAUUGUGUAUGGAAUUUUAAGAGUCACUGCCCUUUGAUAUGAGUAUACUUACUUGAGGUUUUGACUUAACUGUACAAAAGAAACAUUAGGAUCUUUAUCUUAAAUGAUGCUUCCUCACUGGUAUAGGGCAUUCAAGAAACAUACAUCAAUCACCCCAGUGAUACUUCUUAUUACAAGAAGAGUGGUGAGAAUACUAAUCACAUCCAAUGAUAACGUUAGUUAUUAUAACUAGUAUUUUUAUAAUGACUACUAUUACAACUCUUUUUUAUAUAAUUACCAAAAGAGACUAAGAACUUAUGUGACUUUUGCUGGAAACAAGAGUCGUCUUGGUCUGUAUCUAUCUUAUUCGUCUGUUAUUAUGUCAAGGUGAUUUAUCAAAAAGAUGGUUGUUGCUAUGACUUUAUAUGAAAUGUUGUGUUAUUUUUGUACAUAUAUUUCUACAAAAUUGUUUUAUGUGUGUCAUUUCUCUACGCUUAUGUCCAUAGUUUGACAAUAAAAAAUAGCAAUAGUA